UCCAGCCUCGCGCAUGCGCAGCAGGCUCCGGGUAGAUCUGUUCCUGGUGGGAAAAUCGGAAGCAGCCUCCGCCGAACCGGAGCCCCAGCGGGAAUGUGACCGAACUGGGUCUGGUACCGCUGUGCUCUGAAGCCGAACCGGAUUAUUUUCAGCCAUCAUGGAAACCAAACGACUGGAAAUCCCCUCAAGUGUCCUGGACGACCUGUGCAGCCGGUUCAUCCUCCACAUCCCCAGUGAGGAGCGAGACAAUGCCAUCCGUGUCUGCUUCCAGAUCGAGCUGGCCCACUGGUUCUAUCUGGACUUCUGCAUCCAAAACACUCCAGGAGCGCCUCAGUGUGGAAUCAGGGACUUUGCCAAAGCUGUUUUCCAUCAUUGUCCUUUUCUGCUGCCACAUGGAGAGGAUGUGCAGAAGGUCCUUGAGGAAUGGAAGGAGUACAAGAUGGGGGUUCCCACCUAUGGAGCCAUCAUUCUAGAUGAAUCUCUGGAGAAUGUACUGCUUGUUCAAGGCUACCUUGCCAAAUCUGGCUGGGGCUUUCCAAAGGGGAAAGUGAACGAGGAUGAAGCUCCUCAUGACUGCGCUGUUCGGGAAGUUCUGGAGGAGACAGGCUUUGAUAUAAAGAACCGCAUCUGCAAAGACAUGUUCAUCGAGCAGAAGAUCACGGACCAGCUUGUCCGGCUUUAUAUCAUACCGGGAGUCUCAAAGGACACCAAGUUCAACCCCAAGACGCGCAAAGAGAUCCGAAACAUUGAAUGGUUUCCUAUCGAGAAGCUGCCCUGCCACCGGAAUGACAUGACCCCCAGGUCUAAACUCGGACUGGCUCCUAAUCGAUUUUUCAUGGCUAUCCCAUUCAUCAGGCCUCUGAAAGACUGGAUCAGCAGACUGAGGGGGGAAUCAGACAGCGAUGAGGAACUGGCAAACACCAGGACCACUCCAUCCAAACCUUCGGACAACAUCCGGUCAAAGAGCAGAAAUCCUAUUGGCAGUGAUGCGUAUCCUGGAGAGGGGUGGACCAAACACAAACAGCUGAGGACUCCAGGAAAGAUGACCCAGACUGACUCCAGCCAGGUCAGAGACGUGAGGAGUCCACUGAAGCUGGUUCUGAAAGGUGGUGGCAAAAAGAGACUGGACUUCCCCAGUGUGAAGAAGGGAACCACGGACAAUGGAUCCACCAGCCAGCAGAAAGAAGACAAACGGCCUCAUCCCAGAAGUCUCCAAGAGAUGUUUGAAAGAGACUCGGAUCCAAUCUGUUCCAGUCGCCAUCUAACAGCUGAGGACAGAGAGUCGUUUUCCUCCAAGACUUUCCUGAAUUUUAAAUUUGACAGAGACGCCAUCAUGAAAUGCUUUGAUUACUGAAGCUCAUCAGAAUCUUUCCUUUGGGACUUUUUAAUCUUCAUGGAUUAAGAUACUUUGGUAGCUCCUUUCCUCUUGGCCUUCCUAGACCUGCGCCCACAUUUCCAUUGGAAACUCGGAUAUUUCUCCAACCAUGAAGAGAGCGCUGUCUUUCCUUACCUGACUGAUGAUGUAGCAGACCUGUUAGAAGCAAGGCUUCCUGUUCUGCAACCUUCCUGUAGGUUCGUCAUAUAUGAACAUGUGUUCCAUCUGGACUAAAAUAAACCGUAAAGGAUUUUAAACCCGGUUGUUUUGGAAGGCACCAAAGAUGAAAUGACGAGAACAGAAACCUGGCUUUUACUCGGCAUCAAAUUUAGGAUUUUAGGAUUGAAUAAUAUUUCUUACCUCUAAUAAAAGCCAAGAUUAUGAACUUCUAAACGCUCACACCUGAUUCUGAUGUUUGCAGUUUUGAUGUUUUUCGUCAUUCUGAUUUUAAUGUUUCUGAUAACUUCUUGUUGGUUUUUUACUGAAUAAACGCGUUUCUUUCUUGUA